AUGGGUGAGAAAAAGAAAGACGUCGUCGUUCCAUCGUCCACCACCGAUGGAAAAGACAAAUCUAAAGAUGAUGAUGAAAAGAAGUCUACGAAAACGACUGGUAAAGACGCGAAACCGGAGAUUGAAUUAUCCGAGGAAGAUCUUCAGCUGAAAACAAACUUGGAACUGUUAGUCCAAAGGGUGAUGGAUUCCAAAGCGGGCGUGGCGAAGUUGGCGCUGGAGAGCAUGCGAACGGAGAUCAAAACGGCGACGAGUUCGAUGACUUCGGUUCCGAAACCUUUGAAAUUCUUGCGUCCUCACUUGCAAACUUUCAAAGACCAGUACCCGACCAUCAAAGACGCGACAAACAAGAAACUUUUAGCGGAUGUUAUCUCCGUUUUAUCCAUGACAGAUUCCCCGGGAGAGAAUGUCAUUCCGGAGUCGUUGAAGUAUAAGAUGUUAGGGAGCGGAGAAGAGGUUGGAUUUUGGGGCCAUGAGUACGUGAGAAACUUGGCGAGCGAAAUCGGCAUCGAGUACCAUCGACGCGCAGACUUAGAAGAAGGAGAAGAAGGGGUCACCGCAAAAGAUAAAGAGGUUGACGAUUUGAUGAAGUUGGUGAAGGACAUCGUGCCAUUUCACAUGUCGCACAACGCCGAGCCUGAGGCAGUGGAUUUGUUAAUUGAAGUGGAAAAGUUGGAGUAUUUGAUUGACCACGUGACGGAGAAUAAUUAUUCGCGCACGUGUUUGUAUUUGAUCUCGUGCUCGAGCUAUUUGCCGGAACCGGAGGACGGUAUCGUCUUGUCCACCGCGCACAAAAUUUUCAUGAAAGUGAACAAAUUGUGUGACGCCAUGCGAGUGGCGUUGAAGAUUGGCGUACAAAGUACGAUUGAAGAAACAUUUUUAGCUUCAAAGGACCCGUUAGAAAAGAAACAGCUCUGUUACAUUCUCGCUCGACACGGCCACCCGUUGAAAUUAGACGAAGGACCGUGCGAACAAGAAGGUGAUGACGCGGAAGAGUUGACGUUGAUCAUGUCAAACUCGAAGCUUUGCGAAAAUUACUUGACUUUAGCGAGAGAUUUGGACGUGAUGGAAGCCAAGUUACCGGAGGAUAUUUACAAAACACAUUUGAUUGAAGGCAGAGCGCCGUCCGGGCCUGCUGUAGAUAGUGCUCGCGCGAAUUUAGCGGCGACGUUUGUCAACGCAUUUGUCAACGCCGGUUUCGGUCACGAUAAGUUGCUCACCGCGCAAUCCGCGGAAGGCACGACUGGCGAAGGCGGCUCUUCCUCCAACGUUUCCUGGAUUUUCAAAAACAAAGACCACGGCAAAAUGUCCGCAGCUGCGAGUUUAGGAUCUGUGUUGUUGUGGGACGUCGAAGGUGGUUUACCGCAGGUGGAUACGUUUUUAUAUUCCGAAGAGCCGUUAGUCGUUGCUGGUGGUCUCCUCGCCGUCGGUUUGAUCAACACGAACGUGAGAAACGAUUGCGAUCCAGCUUACGGUCUGCUUUACGAAUCCGUCAACAAAGAUAAUUCGUCCGUUCGAAUCGGUGCAAUCAUGGGCUUGGGUUUAGCGUACGCCGGUUGCCAGAAGGAAGAAGUGGCUGAACUCUUGACGCCAAUUGUAACGGAUGAAUCCACGCCAAUGGAUGUUUGCGCGUUUGCCGCUUUAUCGUUAGGUUUAGUUUACUGCGGCACGUGUCACGAAGAGUCCGUUCAAUCCAUCGUCCAAGCAUUGAUGCUUCGCCCGGAGAAAGAUUUGGAAGAUCCUUUCGCGCACUUGAUGUGCUUAGGUCUCGGCUUGAUGUUUUUGCAAAGACAGCAAGAAGUUGAAGCGACGUUAGAAGUUGCGAAGACUUUUCCGGAACGCAUUUCGGAGUAUUGCCAAGUCGUUCUCGACGUUUGCGCCUACGCUUGCUCGGGUAACGUCUUGAAAGUACAAGCCUUGCUUGCGAAAUGUGGUGAACACAGAACGACAGAAGAAUCGACGGAAGAAGACAGUUGGAAAUUAGACGCGCAAUCUGUGGCGUGCCUAGGCAUUGCUAUUAUUGCCAUGGGUGAAGACCUCGGUCGCGACAUGGCGAUCCGUUCGUACGAUCACUUGAUUCAGUACGGGGACAACUCGGUGAAAUUGGCUAUUCCUCUCGGUUUAGCCAUGUUGCACACUUCCGAUCCGAAGUUAGAAAUCACCGAUCAAUUAGGUCGAUUAUCGCACGAUAACUCGGAAGAAAUCGCUCAAUCCGCUUGCUUGGCGCUUGGUAUCGUCGGCGCUGGUACGAACAAUGCGCGUUUAGCGCACCAGCUUCGACAAUUGACGAGCUACUACUACAAAGAACCGAGUCUUUUGUUUUUAGUCCGCGUCUCGCAAGGGUUAGUGCAUUUGGGCAAAGGUUUACUCACCUUAUCUCCGACGCAUUCCGAUAGAACCUUGCAAUCGAGCGUCUCCCUGGCUGGUUUGAUGAUCACCUGCUUCGCCGGUUUGGACAUGAAGCACACGAUUUUAGGAAAGCAUCACUACAUGCUUUAUUAUCUCUUCGCUGCAGCCGUUCCGCGCAUGUUGAUGUGUGUCGACGAGGAAGGUAAAGCUUUACCGAUUCCCGUGAGAGUUGGCCAGGCUGUCGACGUUGUCGGCCAAGCUGGUAGACCAAAAACAAUCACCGGCUUUCAGACGCACACGACGCCGGUGUUACUAGCUUCGGGCGACCGAGCCGAAUUAGAAAGCGGCAAAUACAUCCCAAUCACCUCGAAUUUGGAAAACGUAGUCAUUAUGAAGAAGAAUCCGGCGUGGGAAGAAGAGGAUGCAAAGAAAUAA